GCUCCGCCAUUGAGGGAGUUACGAUUCCGAGGGAAGGGUCAGGGAGAGAGAGAGAGGCUCUACGUCGGAACCGUUCAGUCUCGUGUUCCCCCCUGGGGUGAUAAAAAAGGGAUAACAGCCGUAACAGGUACCGGUAACUGUCUCUCGGUACUCUCGUCGCCUUCCUGUGCUCUAUCGCCGUGUGUCUCCGCCACCUCCAAGGAACUAAAUUGGAAGAAGUAAUUGGGGGGCAAAGCGAGGCGAGCUAAGGCUAGCUUGGCUAGCUGUUCACGGGAGGGAGGGGAGGAGGAGGGGUGGGGGAAGGGGGGGUGUGAUUCUUGUCUACUCUCGUUUGAUGGAUCCGCGAAUCUCCUGGUUCCAACCAGAACAACGUGGACCCGCCAACAACCUGUGGAUGCAGAUCUGGGAGACGACGCAAGGGCUCGGCUAUCUGCACGUCAACAACAGCUUCGGCAUCCUGAAAGCGAGCCUCAACGCGGCGUCAGGAGCCGUCCUCCUCGCUGCUGGGACCGGGCCGUCAGAGUCGAUCAUGACGAGUCCAACCGGGGACGGCGAGAUCAUGGAGCAGCGGGACUUUUUGCCGCUGGAGACCGGCAACCGCAACCAUCGAGCGACCCCGCCGAGCAGCAGGGGCCCGGCGGACGGGCACCCCAAUAAGCGGAAACGGGACAACAAGGCGAGCACCUUCGGAUUCAACUCCAGUCUCUUGAACGGUAGCCCGGGCACGGAGGGCCGCGACGUGUACGCGGGCACGCCGUGGAAAAGCAGGAACUACUCGGAAGGGAUCGUUGGGUUACAUGAAGAGAUCAAAGACUUUUACGCAUACAUCUCGCCACGGCCGGAAGAGGAGAAGAUGAGGCUGGAGGUUGUGGACAGAAUUAAAGGCGUCAUCCACAACCUUUGGCCGAGCGCUGAGGUGCAGGUAUUUGGAAGCUUCAGCACGGGUCUCUAUUUGCCAACAAGUGACAUCGACUUGGUGGUAUUUGGAAAGUGGGAGACACUCCCCCUGUGGACACUGGAAGAGGCUCUGCGAAAGAGGAACGUGGCCGACAAGAACUCGAUCAAAGUUCUGGACAAAGCCACAGUACCCAUCAUCAAGCUGACAGACUACUACACGGACGUCAAAGUGGACAUCAGCUUCAAUGUGAAGAGCGGCGUCAAAGCGGCAUGCCUCAUCAAAGAAUUCAAAGAGAAAUACCCCGUGCUGCCUUACCUGGUCUUGGUGCUCAAGCAGUUCCUCCUGCAGAGGGACCUCAAUGAGGUUUUCACCGGCGGAAUAGGAUCCUACAGUCUCUUCCUCAUGGCCGUCAGCUUCCUGCAGCUCCACUACAGGGAGGACGUUUGCAGCCCCAACAUCAACUUCGGCGUGCUGCUCAUCGAGUUCUUUGAGCUCUACGGACGCCAUUUUAACUACUUAAAAACUGGCAUCCGUAUAAAAGACGGCGGCUGCUACGUGGCCAAAGACGAGGUUCAGAACAUGAUGGACGGCUACAGGCCUUCCAUGCUCUACAUCGAGGACCCUCUACAGCCAGACAACGACGUUGGACGCAGCUCCUACGGUGCCAUGCAGGUGAAGCAAGCGUUUGACUACGCCUACGUGGUGCUCAGCCACGCCGUGUCACCCAUCGCCAAAUACUACCCCAACAAUGACACAGAGAGCAUACUUGGCCGAAUCAUCCGCGUGACUCAGGAAGUGGACGAGUACAGGGAGUGGAUCCGAAAGAACUGGGGGAGCUCGUCCCAGAAGGAUCUGCCGCUUAACCGAAAUGACGUGACACUGUUCGAGUCCCAACAGCUGGACCAGUGCAACAACAAUGUUCCAGACGAGGAGGACGACGAGGAGGACGACGUGGUAGUGAUCCUGCCCACGAGGAGCAAAACCUCAUCGUCCAACUCUUCUUCGUCGCCGUCUCCUUCCCUGCGCUCGUCGCCGUCCUUGUCCCCGCUUUCGCCCUCCACCACAUCCUCCAGCUCCAGUGACGGGGACUCGGACGGCACACCAUGCAAGACGGCCAAGCAGCAGUCUGGUCGAGCUGCCAGCGCUCACAGAGAAAAGUCAGCCGUGGUGACCAAUCACCGGACGCAAAACCGCACGACCAGCACUCCAGCAGCAGGCAACAAGGGAGGAAAGACCCGCUCUCAUCACAAGGGCGCCCAGCAGAGCUCCCCUCGCUCCUCCGGAAACAGCAAAAGUCAACCAAGUAACCGGCCACACCACCAGGGCAACGGUAAAAAGAGGAAAAAUCUGCGGGACUCUGCACCAGAGGAGCUCUGCAGAUAGGGAAGUAGCCUUUGUCACCCCACCCGCCAUGACUCUUUAAAGGAGGAAAAAAAAAGGAGAAGAACGAGCAGUUUUCUCUCUGCGAGCCAGCACUCUAUUGUUCUUUUUUGCCUCUAGCGCCUCCUGAUGUACAGGAGAGGAAUCUUCUCUUUUGGAGCAAUACACCACAGACUUCUGCUGUUGGGGAAAAAAGUUUCUAUAAAAAGGAAAAAAAAUAGUGGAAACGGCUUCAAAUGUACAAAAAAAAAUAUUGUCUUUUUUAAAUGACAGCAUUGAGGUGUAACUUAUGCAUGAUUUUUUUGGGGGGGAUAAUUUUUGUUGUUAUGUCUGAACAGGUCAUAGGACAGUUUGUAGGAAAAAAAAUACUAAAAAGAAAAAAAUAACAAACUGUUUCAUAGGAUGAUCUUUUUACAAAAAAAAUUCACCCACAACUUUUUUUUUUCUUUCACGGGUGUCUCGUUGCCAUGCCAACAUGACCAAUCAUCAUCAUCAUCAGCAUCCUUCUUUUUACUGUCCGUGUUUAACCUUUUUUGGUAUUUGCACGUGUCCGUAUAUGUCAGGGUUUCCCCAACUUUUUCCACACAAACCUACUGAAAAUGCAACACCUGCUGUACAUAAACUAAAAAUACUAAACAAUAAAUAAAAAUGGACGAUCAAUUAAACACCGAUUUCACGCCUGCCCCCUGACUACACCGUUCGGGAAACCCUGCCCUAUAGGGUGGAGUUUAAGCGGAAUUUACACAAUUUUAUUGAGAUCUAUAUACAUUAAAAAUGUGUUAGCGAUACAACUGUGGCGACAAACUUGUGUAUUUGUUAAAUGUAUUUAUUUUUUUUAUGGAUUAUAUGGCUAUAGUAUAUGGAUAUAUGGAUAAAUAUAUACAAUAUGAGCCCUUUGAGGAGGCUAUAUGUUUAGAUGCUGCGAUGUGGGGAAGGUUUAAUCAGGUACAAUGACAACAAAUAUUUUUUUCUUCCUAAUUAUUAUUGGCAGUUGUGACCAAGUUGACAAGUGUGACAGACCAUUUUACGAGUCAUGAUAUAUAUAUAUAUUUUUUUUUGAUUUAUUGAUUUUAAUGUGGCUGGUCUACUUGGGUGAAAAAAGGGAGGUUACAUUUUGUUGUGUGAAUCGAAAGGAAAAUUUUCUCAAACGUUCAAUAAUUUACUACAACUGUGACAACUUUUGCCACGAAAAUGUGUUUGGAUGAUCAUUAAAAUACCUCAAUACCCCCCUCAAAUUUGGGAAAAACAGUUUAAGACAGCCCCCAAUUCAGUUGUCUUUUGUCAUUGCAGUACAACGUGUAACCUGUAGGUGGUGCUAGUACCCCACUGUGAAACCACAACCCUUUGGCCUCGUACUGCAUUUAAAUGUUCGACACAAUAUCUGCAACCUACUAUUAACUAUCAACAAUGAGAAAUAUCCAGUUGUUAUUCCUUAUAACCACAUUACAGCCAGCAAAUACAGACGUCUGUAUUUUACAUUUUAGAAAAUCUUGGCAGCCAUUUUUAAUACAAUACUAGAUUUAAAUGCAGUACCUAAGCACUUGUGUUGUGGUAUAUGAGGACAUGACGAUAUGAUUAUGUUCACAAUAGGAGUACGGGAUAAAGUUGAAAGGGUUGGCCGUGUAAAGUGUGAAUGUCCCGAAGCGAACACAAACCUUCCAGGUCGUCGAGGAAGGUUCCCAACUGUAUCGACUGUAUCGUCUUUGCUGCUUUUCACCAAUUUCAUGCAAUAAAAACAAACAACAACAACAACAA